GAAACUAUAUUUUGUAUGGCAGUAGUGUUUGCUGUGUAUUUUUAUUAAUCAAUUAGAUGUGUUAUAUUCUUUAAUUUAGUUAUCUUGGAACUAUAAAAACUAGCAUAAAAUUGAACAAAUCUAAUAUUUUGGUAAUCAUGUCUAAAGAAGAGGUUGAUGAUGUUUGGGAUGAUUUUAUAAAUUUACCUGCAGAUCCUCCUGAAAUGCGUCAAAUAUGUUUUUCAUGCGAACGACCUCAAAAUGUAUGUUGGUGUAAUUAUUUGCCUAAAAUAAGGCUAAAGCCUAAAUGUCGAAUUAUUCUACUGCAACACCCAGCAGAGGAAAAAAGAAGUCUUCGUACUGCUCCUAUGUUGACAUUAGGAUUAACAGAAGAAAGUUGUGUUGUUUAUAAAGGAAAAAAAUUCCCUACAAACAAACAUGUUGGUCUAUGGGAUAUAUURACAUCUAAACACUCAGUUUUAUUGUACCCUUCUAAAAAAGCAAUGGAUAUAGUUGAUCUACCAAAAGAAACAGAACUUCAUAAUUUGAUUAUACUUGAUGGAACUUGGCCACAAGCAAAAGCUAUUUAUAAUAAUACACAACUUCUUCAAUCAAUGAUACAUGUAAAAUUGAUGCACAAAUAUGAAAGUCAUUAUAUUAUAAGGACCCAACCAACAGAUGGAUGUCUUUCUACAUUAGAAACUGCAAUUGAAGCAUUAACAGUAUUAGAAAAUGAUGAAUCAUACAAAAAUAUAAUGCUGAAACCCUUAAAUGCUCUAUGUAAUUUUCAACUUCAGCAUGGUGCUGUAACACAUCAAAGCAAAGAAUUUAAAAAACGAAAUCGAACUUAUCCUAAGCUAAUUGGAAGACGACUUCGACAAUAUCUAGAUGAUGGAAAUGAUUAUUAAUGUAAUUACUUUUAGAUUAUUAAUAAUUAUCAUGGUUAUAUUUGUUAUUAUAUUAAUUAUUAUC